GGGUGUAACCCGGAUGUUCGGUUAGACAACGCGGAAGUACGGGAUAGAGUGAUUUGCUUAACUGAAAAGUGAACCAAACAGCAAAAACAAUCCGUUGAAAAUCUUGGGCAUAGGCAUAUUUGAGUAUAUAACUACGACUGCAAUCCAAAUAGAGAGUAGUGAGACAGACAGUGGUGAGUCAGGCUGCAAUGAAGGAGGCAAAGGAGAUAUACAGAGAGAGGAAGUAUUGAAGCAAGCAGGGAGAGAGCCUCCCAGUUGCUGCACUUCUUCACUUUACUUCAACUGUUUCCCGGCUCCAAUCAGCUGCCCCCACGUAUCGGAAUUCCACUGCUGCUCCAGACCCCCCCUGCUGCCUCUCGGCGUGGCCCAGCCCAGGCCCUUUUAUUCAGGAUAGCAUCUGCACAGCUCCAUGGCAGGUCGUGGAGCACCGGCACGACCCAACAGCCCGGCGGCAGGCAACAAGAUCUGCCAGUUCAAGCUGGUGCUGCUGGGAGAAUCGGCGGUGGGCAAGUCCAGCCUGGUGCUGCGGUUUGUCAAGGGACAGUUUCAGGAGUACCAAGAGAGCACCAUCGGAGCUGCCUUCCUCACACAGACUGUCUGCCUGGAUGACACAACGGUCAAGUUUGAGAUUUGGGACACAGCAGGCCAGGAGCGAUACCACAGUCUGGCGCCCAUGUACUACAGGGGAGCCCAAGCGGCCAUUGUGGUCUACGACAUCACCAACACAGACACUUUUACGCGAGCAAAGAACUGGGUGAAGGAGCUGCAGAGACAAGCCAGCCCCAACAUCGUCAUCGCUCUGGCCGGGAACAAGGCCGACAUCGCCAACAAAAGAGCCGUCGAACUCCAGGAAGUACAGGCCUAUGCUGAUGAUAACAGUCUACUGUUCAUGGAGACUUCAGCCAAGACUGCUAUGAAUGUCAAUGAAAUCUUCAUGGCCAUAGCCAAGAAGCUGCCCAAGAACGAGGCGCAAGGUGGAGGCGGGGCAGGGGGCCGGACCAGGACUGGAGUGGACCUUCAGGAGCCCGCCCCCCAGGGCCGCAGCGGCCAAUGCUGUGGCGGGAGCAAUUAGCCGAUAGCCAAUGAACUGACCAAGCGAGCCCAGAACACGAAUAUUGUCAAGACGACAACGGUUCACGGCAUAGAGAGGAAUGACGCGGGAACCGUUCUCACCGACCAUACUUAAACUGAGAUUAACAGCCGAGCUGAUCUGUUACCCCCCCCCCCUUGAAUCAAAAGGAGUCCCUUUUUUAAACCAUAAGCUAGAGGGAAUCAAUGCGACCCUCUCACAUACUCUCUAUCCCUCUCUCUUUUACCCUCAAUCAAUCCCUCUACUAUACUGCCCUUUCAAUCAUCCCCCUCUCACUUUAUUUGAAUACUAACUGGAUUAUGUCUUAAUGCUCUUUUUAAAGGACAUCAAUCAUACCAUCAGCUAUUAGCCUUUUUGUCCAGGUGGCAGGAGCAUUUUGCGAUUCUUUUUUAAAAUCUUUUUUUUCUUCUUUUAUCCAAUCAUUUUCUUCCUUCUAUGUUGAUCUUCUUCAUCUGGAAACAGGAAAAGAUGCUCCAAGGGGACAAUGUGUCUUACACUGUUUCUCCAGAUCUGUCCAUUUUAUAAAUGAUUAUUAGCCUAUGUUUAUUAUUACCGCUGUUCUUCUGGCACGUGUGGGGGAUGAUUUGAUAGAACACACCUAAUGUGGUUUCCGACACAUGAUACAAAUUCAACUGUAACGGUAACGCAGUGUGCAUUUCACAGCUAGUACACCAUACAGUCAUCUUUAGCAUCAUGUUUUUGAAUCUAAGAUAAAUGUAAGAAUACAUUGUAAGACCUGAAAAUAAUAAAAGAAGAUGGCAAGAUUGUCUUGGCCAAAAUGUAAA